AUGCUGGCAAAGCUGGAACUGGUCCACACCCAGAGAGACACCAAGUGCUCCUUCCCUCUGGGUCCAUACCCGCGCUAUACCUGGAUCCACAAGGACACACCGGAGGAUGGGCUGGACAAGGCUUGCUACGAGAUCUGGAAGCGGGUGCAGCAACUCUCAGCCCAGCUGGACUGUAGCUCCAAGGAGGUGACGGGCUCCGAGCCAGGCCAGGCCGAGGAUGCGGGCGAUACAGUGCGGGGCAAGGCGGGCAAGAGGGUGGCGGACAGCUGUGGCAAGGAUGACGUCUCCCUGCUGGUGCAGUUGGAGUAUCUGAGCAUCGUGGCGGAGAACAGUGGGGGCGUGGACCUCCAGCAAAACCAUCUGGAAGGGAACGACCAAAUGGUGUCCAUCCUGGAGACCAAGACGAAGGAGCUGCAGGACUCUGAAGCAGAAUCUCUGGAUAAGACCAACUUCUUGAAUAAUUUCCUGAAGUCCGGCAGUGGGACGGAGCUGAGCAAAGACAGCCUGGCCAAGGAAGAGGUGGCAGAGGAGAAGCAGGUGAGGUGUGGCUCAAAGGAGGAUCUGGAAGUGGGCAGCGGAGUCUCGGUGGCCUCCAACAAGGAGAUCUGCCAGUUACUGGCCCAGUUCUCCCUCAAGCACAUCCACGAGUCAGAGGCCCCGGACAACAAGGUGGUGAUGGAGGAGGCCCAGAUCAUCAAAGACUUCCUGCAGAACAGCAUGUUCAGCUCUGCCGGGGACAAGAGGGCCCAAGUGUCGCCGCCGCUGCCCCUGGCCUCGCGGGAGCCGCAGGACGAGCAGGCCCGGCGCCAGCUCCCCGUCUUUGCCAAGCUGUGCGAGGAGCCACCGGCCUGUGAGGACGAGGGCCACAGUGCGCCGCUGGCUCUGACCUCGGGCCCAGGCCUGGCUUUGGGCCUAGCCCAGGAUAGGCCGUCGUCGGGCAGCGAGCUGGUACGCCUGCUUUGCGGGGCGCCGAGGGAGGUUUACCGCAAGGAGGCCGAGGGGCGCGACUCGCCAGAGGCCUCGUCCCCGGAUGCCAGGCCCAGCCGCUCGGAGCACAGCUACAGCACCAGCCGCCACUCGCUGAAGGGCCUGGCACCAUCAGCACGCAGGGCCGGGCCAAAGGAUGUGACCAGACCCCGGGAGCUGGCUGGGCCCCAGCACCUGCUGGCCAGGCGAGGUGACGGAGGCAAGGACCUGGCCCCUGAGGCAGCCGCAGCAGAGGGAGAGGCCGGGAGUACAGUGGAGGCCGAGGCUUCGGGGAACGGCGGCCACUUGGGCCCUGAGUUCCCAGACACCGAGCGGCACCCGGUGGGUCCCGGGCCUCACAAACACCGGGCCGGCCGUGAGAUGGAGGCCGAUGCCUCGGUCCUAGCGGGCUCCAACCCUCCCCCUCCCCCUCCUCCUCCCCCUCCUCCCCCUCCGCUACCCGACGCUGGCUCCAAGUACGGCAGCAGUGGCUUGUACCCCACCCGCUACCCAGCCCUGCCCGGCCGGCCAGCCCUCAUCAACUACCCAGCUGCUCCACCGGCCCCCGCUCCCCCCACAGCCACCGCCACUGCCUCACCAGCUACCGGCUACGGGCAGCAGCCCCCCUUCUACCCGGGCCGCGGCCUGCGCUUGCCGCUGCAGCAGCCUGCCUACCCGCAAGCCGCAGGCUGCUUCCUGCGCUCAGCAGGCCCGGGGCCCGGUCCCGGGGCCUACACCUACGGCCAGGUGGCACAAGAGUUUGUGCCGCGCCACGCCUACAUCCGAGCUGCCUACGCCCCGCUGCUGGGCUACUGGUCCUUCGUGCCCGAGUACCCCUACAGUGCCCGCGGCAAUGCCACCACCGCUAAGCCCCUGGCCUCUGCCGCCGCUGCUGCCGCUGCCAACAACCCCCCGCCCAUGGCCGGCGACGGCCCGCAGUGCCUCUUCCAGCCCGCCUACGGCUACCUCGACACCAACCUGACCGCCACACGCUUCGGCUCGGCCCGCUCCGGCCCCCUCUACAGCGGCAGCAACUUCCAAGUGUACUACCCCGCCGACAGCAGCGGCUACAACUGCUGGUAGCAGGCGGCACAGACAGGGACUCCCCGCCCACUUGCC